ACAAGAGUUCCCAUCUCCCCCAUAGAUUCCCAACUUCUCAGUCUUCAAGCUUUAAUCCCUCCCAAUCCUCUUGCGGAAGGGGACGAAGGAUUUCAGUCUCUGAAGAAAUUCAAAUCGCAAUGGCACUGAGACCAUUGGAUAAUGCUCUCCCGGUAAUCCCUGAGAGGCCCAAAAAGCUGGCCAAAAUCGCAACCCUAACCAAGAACCCUAAUCAGAAGAUUCAGAACCAGACUGAUUUCUCAGGUCUGAACGAUGAAAAUAAGCCCCCUCUGCCAGAAGCUGCUGUCGAUUAUCUUCCUUCGGAUAAACUCGAAGCUCUUGCCGAUCCGGAUCUCAAAAUCCAGGAUCUCGUGCUAGGGUUGGAUUCGAAGGACUGGUUGAAGGUGUGUGAAUCGCUGAAUGAUUUUAGGAGAUUCGCUCUGUUUCAUUCUACUCUAUUGGAGCCAAUCUUGGAAAAUGUACUCUUGGUGAUGGUGAAGGCAAUGAAGAAUCCAAGAAGUGCUCUUUGCAAGACAUCAAUCAUGGCUUCAUCUGAUAUCUUCAAGGCUUUCGGCGACAAGUUGCUGAUCGAAUCCGAAAUAUCUGAUGCAUUUGAUCAAGUGUAUCUGAUGAUCAAAUCUCACCUGAUGAAAAUGAAUUUUAACUAGUUGAUAUAAUCAUGAUUCUGAUUUUUUUUUCUUUCUGUGGGUAUGUGAUUUUACAGCUGCUGCAGCUACUGUUGAAAGCAUCUCAAGAUAAGAAAUUUGUGUGUGAAGAAGCAGACAGGGCGCUCAAGGAAAUGGUGGGGUCCAUGACUCCUCUCCUCCUUCUCAAAAGGCUCCAAUCCUAUGUGAAGCAUUCCAACCCCAGGGUCAGAGCAAAAGCUGCAAUCUCAAUCUCAGAGUGUUUCUCCAUUAUGGAGCCAGAAGGGAUGAAGGAAUUCGGGCUAGUUCCAUCGAUUCAGACUGCAGUGGAUUUGCUGAAUGACAGGCUUCCAGAGGCGAGAGAAUCAGCACGGAAAAUUACUGUUUGUUUGUACAAAGCAGUGACGGCUAAAGAAGAGCAGAAACAGGAGGCCUGGCAAAGCUUUUGCGACUCUAACCUGUCUGCAAUUCAUGCACAGUCCAUGGUGAAACUUGUUUCUUCACAGUGAAGAAACCAGAAGAAGCAGCAGCAGUUCUUUUUUUCAUGCACUAGUGUAGUUUGGUUUAACACUUGUCUGAAAUCAAGUAUAGAUUUUGAA